UCAAAUCGCCUAAACUAACGGCCUUGUUCUGCAUAAAUAAAAUUACCUGGUAACACUAAAUCAAAUUCAAAACCCUUACACUCCCCCGUUCAUACCAAUGUAUUCUUCAAAUUCUUGGAGUUGCUCAAAGUGCACUUUCAUCAACCCAAUCUCACAACCACCCAUUUGUCAAAUCUGCUUAACCCCACAAAACCCAGAUUCCCAUUCUUCACGAUCACAAUCACAAUCACAACCCAAAUGGUCUUGCAAAUUAUGUACCUUUCUCAACUCUCCUGGCGUCGAUGUUUGUGAGAUUUGUGGGGCCAGAGCCUUGGAUUCUCUUCUGGCGGAAGCUUCUGCGGGUAGUAAGAGGACAUUUGAAGAUCUUUUGGAUAAGGGUUUGGGUGAUGAUGGUGGAUCAAACGCCACAAAGCUUGCUAAACUGGAUGUUGUUCAUUUGGAUGAGACUUCCACGAACGAAGAUCUGAAAACAUUGAAGAUAUUGAGCUAUAAUGUUUGGUUCCGAGAGGACCUAGAGAUGCAUAAGAGAAUGAAAUCCCUGGGAGACCUGAUCCAAAUGCACUCACCAGAGCUUAUCUGUUUGCAGGAGGUAACUCCAAAUAUAUAUGACAUCUUUCAGAGGUCAAGCUGGUGGAAGUUAUAUAAAUGCUCAAUUUCUAGUGAAAUGGCAUUCACAAGACCAUACUUCUGCAUGCAGCUAAGCAAAGUGCCAGUUAAAUUAUUCAGCUGCAAACCCUUUCAAAACUCUAUUAUGGGAAGAGAGCUCUGUGUUGCAGAAGUUGUAGCUGAGAAAGAUAAGCCGUUGAUUAUAGCCACAAGUCACCUUGAAAGCCCAUGUCCGGCGCCACCUAAAUGGGAUCAGAUGUAUAGCAAAGAACGGGUUAGUCAGGCUAGGGAGGCUAUCGAUUCACUUAACAAAAACAAAAAUGUGAUAUUUUGUGGUGACAUGAACUGGGAUGACAAAUUGGACGGUCAAGUUCCUCUGCCUGAUGGCUGGAUUGAUGCUUGGACAGAGCAUAGACCAGGAGAGCUAGGAUAUACAUAUGACACAAAGACCAACAAGAUGCUGUCUGGUAACCGGACACUGCAAAAGCGAUUGGAUCGGUUUUUGUGCUCUUUGCAUGAUUACAAGAUAGAUGGAAUCGAAAUGAUUGGGAUGGAAGCAAUACCAGGCUUAUCCUAUAGCAAAGAAAAGAAGGUCAAAAAAGAGGUGAAAAAUAUCAUUCUUCCUGUCUUGCCUAGUGACCAUUAUGGCUUGCUUUUAACAAUUAGCUCCAAAUAGGUUUUAUCAAGUUAAAAAAGAAACAAUCUCAGGCUGUUUCAUCUACUAUUGUCUUUUGGAUUCUGAAAUACUCCCUCCGUUCCAAAAUGUUAGUCUUGUUUGCUAAAAAAAAAUAUUUCAUAAUAUGUGUCCUACUCUUUUUUCAAUACAUUUUUUCAAGACUUAACUUUGAAUUUAUCUUUCCAAAAUUGACUAGAUGUAGUGGAUACACCUAUCUGGUGAAAGUCUCAUGCAGUUUUUAAUCUUAUUAAAUGCAGUUAGCUAGCUUUCAAGGUCACAAUCAUUAAAUAGCACUAAAAAUAAAAAGAAAAACAUACACAUUCAAAAUAUCUUAAUAUGUGUGAAAAUGACAAACAAGACUAACAUUUUGGAACGGAGGGAGUAUCAUGUUUAUGCCGAUGACAGACAAACAGAUAAGAAAUUACGCGACUUUGGUGAAUCUUUGUUGUCUAUAUGAGCAAUUGUUUGCGCAAUCAUUACGAAAACAAUUAAGGUCUUCAGUUACCUGUUAUGUUAAUCUUCACACAUUGAUGUGCUUAUAUCUAUUUUAUGAUCAGUAUUCUGAAAGUCGGGGAUUAAUCGCCAAUUAAUUGUUGUUCAGACCGAAAAUGUCUCGAUUAAUCUUAUGGUCAUAGUUGAAGACAGGUGGGAUAACACAUGGUGUGGCUACAUGUGAAGUUAAUAAUGUUAGAGGGGAAAAGAAUAUUGGAGCAGUUGAAACAUGAAAGCUAUUAACGUGCAAACCGCAGGCAAUAGUUAUGUUACUUGAGCUUUCAUAUAAUCAUAACCUGGGCGGUUCAAACCUCAUAUAUACAUACACAUUGAUGAAGUUGACCUUGUUAAGAGGAGUAGUCUAUCUGUGCUGUGGAAUAACACCCAGUUACUAACAUAACUAAU